AGAUUCCUAGAGGGGCACCUUGAAGGCAAAUAUUAUGAAUGGGCAUUCUCACUUCCGGCCCCUCCGCUGGAAAGAAGCGUCUGCAGGUCUUUCUCCCUCCCUGCAAUAUCCGCGAGCAGGCCCCUUGCAAGGGCGGCCGGUCUUAGGCACCCCUCCGGGUUGGUCAGCCCCUGCCUUUAAAGAGAGGCUCCACUAAAGGACGGGCUGAAAAUGGAAGAUCAAGACUGGGCUGACCUUGAAGCAGAAAGAGACUCUGAUGCCGUUGAGGUUAGGAGCACUGGAGAAGGAACCAGGCAGAAGAGCCCGAGAGAAGAUCCCUCCCGCUCAGCUGUACAGUGCCAGCACUUCAGGCAGUUCCGUUACCAGGCGGCUGAGGGGCCCCGAGAGGUUUGCAGCCGACUCCACCACCUUUGCCGUUGGUGGCUGAAGCCAGAAAGGCACACCAAGAUGCAGAUCCUGGACCUGGUGAUCCUGGAGCAGUUUCUGACCGUCCUGCCCCCAGAGAUGGAGAGCUGGGUCAGAGAAUGUGGGCCAGAGACCAGUUCCCAGGCAGUGGCCCUGGCAGAAGGCUUCCUCCUCAGCCAGGAAGAGGACAAGAAGCAGGAGGAGCAGCAGGCGCAAGUUCUGUCAGCAGAACCGACUGCUGAUUCCUUUGAGGCAGAGAAGGCUCCAUUGGACAACGGACAGAGUCGGCUUUUCAGGCAGAUCUCACAGGAAGGUGACCAAGAUGUCGCUUCAUUGGGCAGGGAGAAGACCCUGGUGCCUUCUUCGGGGCCUUCUCCUCUCUGUGGUGGCGGGGAUGCAGUUGCUGUGCCGUCACCAGAUCAGGGCCCGGUGGUCUUUGAGGAGGUGGCAGUGCAUUUCACAGAGGAGGAGUGGGCACUGCUGGAUCCAGGCCAAAGGGCUCUGCACAGUGAAGUCAUGGAAGAGAAUUCUGGGCUUCUGGGCGUUCUAGGUGAUGAGUGGGGGCGUGAGAAAGAAGAUGAAAUGCAAUGGAGAAAAGCUGAAGCAAAAUGGAAGGGGAAAGAGAAAUCUUUUGCUUUCAAAGGGGCAGACAUGUGUGAAAUUACAAUCCAAGAAGAAUGUCACAAAGGAAACAGAAGGAAUAAGAUUCCUGAACAUGCAGAAAUUUCAACUGGUAAAUCGAGCCUUAGCGUAUAUCAAAGAAUCCACAAAGGUGAGAAAUCAUAUCCAUGUUCAGUGUGUGGAAAGAGCUUUAGCUGGAACUCGCACCUUACUGAACAUCAAAGAAUCCAUACAGGGGAGAAACCAUAUCAGUGCUCGGAGUGUGGAAAGAGCUUUAGCCGGAACUCAGACCUUACUUCCCAUCAAAGAAUUCACUCAGGGGAGAAACCGUAUCAGUGCUCGGUGUGUGGGAAGAGCUUCAGCCAGAGUGUGAGCCUUACUUCCCAUCGAAGAAUCCACACAGGAGAAAAACCAUAUGCUUGCUUGGAAUGUGGAAAGAGCUUCAGCUGGAGCACAAAUCUUACUCGACAUCAAAGGAGCCACAAAGGGGAGAAACCAUAUCGGUGCUCAGAGUGUGGAAAGAGCUUCAGUCACAGGGCAAGCUUUACUUCACAUCAACAAGUUCACACAGGGGAGAAGCCCUUUAAAUGCUCAGAAUGUGGCAAGAGCUUUAACCGGAGCACAAAUCUUGCGCGCCAUAAAAAAAGCCACUCAGGGGAGAAACCAUAUAAAUGCUUGGUGUGUGGGAAGAGCUUCAGCCUGAGUUCAAGCCUUUCUUGCCAUCAAAGAACCCACACAGGAGAGAAACCGUAUCAGUGCUCAGUGUGUGGAAGGAGCUUCAACCAGAUCUCACACCUUACUUCUCAUCAGAGCAUCCAUACAAAGGACAAGCCAUUUAAAUGCUCACAGUGUGGAAAGAGUUUCAGCCGGAGCACAAGCCUUUGGGCACAUGAAACAAACCACUCUGGAGUGAGACCAUAUCAGUGCUCUGUAUGUGGAAACAGCUUCAACCAGAGGUCAGUCCUUACUUCCCAUGAAAGAAUCCACACAGGGGAGAAGCCAUAUCAAUGUUCUGCAUGUGGGAAAAGGUUCAGGCAGAAUUCAAACCUUACUAACCAUCAAAGAAUCCACACAGGAGAGAAACUGUAUCAGUGCUCAGUGUGCAAAAAGAGCUUCAGUCGGAGCUCAAGUCUUUUUGACCAUCAAAGAAUCCACUCAGGGGAGAAACCGUAUAAAUGUUUGGAGUGUGGAAAGAACUUCCGUCACAGCUCAAGUCUUUCUUACCAUCAAAGAAUUCACACAGGGGAGAGACCCUACAAAUGCUUGAUUUGUGGACAAAGCUUCAGCCUGAGAGAAACCCUUUCUAACCAUCAAAGUAUCCAUACAGGGGAGAAACCAUUUCAGUGUUCCGUGUGCGGAAAGAGCUUCAGACUGAGAAAAACUCUUUCUGUCCAUCAAAGGAUCCACUCAGGGGAGAAACCAUAUCAGUGCUCAGUAUGUAAAAGGAGCUUCAGACUGAGACAAACCCUUUCUAACCAUCAAAGGAUCCACACAGGGGAGAAACCACAUCUCUGCUCAGUGUGUGGAAAGAGCUUCAGACUGAGAAAAACCCUUUCUAGCCAUCAAAGAAUCCACACAGGGAAGAAACCAUAUCAGUGCUUAGUGUGUGGAAAGAACUUUAGCCGGAGUUCAGCUUUUUCUAACCAUCAAAGAAUCCACAUAGGGGAGAACCCAUAUCAAUGCUUAGUGUGUGGAAAGAACUUCAGCCGGAGUCCAGCUCUUUCUAACCAUCAAAGAAUCCACAUAGGGGAGAACCCAUAUCAAUGCUCAGUGUGUGGAAAGAGGUUCAGGAGCACCUCUGACCUUAAUUGCCACCAGAGAAUUCACUCAAAGAAAUAAGCAUAUAAAUGCUUAGUGUGUGGAAAGAGCUUCAGCCGGAGUUCUGACCUUUCUUCUCAUCAAAGGAUUCACACAGGGGAGAACUCCUACAAAUGCUUGAUAUGUGGAAAGGGGUUCAGACUAAGACAAACCCUUUCUAACCAUCAUAGGAUCCACACAGCGUAGAAAGUAUUUAACUGCUCAGGAUGUGGAAAGAACUUGGUGCAUGGCACAGAACUUGAUAUCCAUGGAUUCACACGCAGAAAACAUCUCCUAAAUAAUUAGACUGGAUCUCUGGAUCUGACUGGGAACUCAGGUAGCUUGCAGGUGUGAUCUCGGAAGCACUGUCUAUAGUCCUUGAGAACUCUCAAACAUGUGCGGUGAGGUGGAUAGGUCCCCAUCUUCAAAAAGAGGAAAAAGGACAAGCAGAGAAACUAGAUCUGUUCGCUUGAUAUUGAUAUCUGGCAAGCUCCUAGCCUAGGACAUUAAGCAGUCUUUCUCUGAGCACUUAUUUAUUAUUUAUUUUACUUCCACUUAUUCAACUUAGAAAAGAAUCUGGAGAUUAGUAGGAGCCAGCACAGUUUUGACAAGAACAAGUCAUGCCAGAUUAACAUCCUCUCCUUUAUUAACAGAUUGACAAGUUUAGUAGAUCAUGGCAGUGCUGUGGACAUCAUGGAGGACAUCAUGGCUGACAUCUUGACUAACCAAGUGCUUAUGGGGAGGCAUCGCACUAGCGCAGAGCUGUUGCAGUAGCUACUUAUGCUGGGUCUGGAGCUUGUAUUCCAGCCUAGUGUUGUGCUAUUAUAUGAACACUUGUGCUUGUGCAACUGCAUCACGACUUGUUUUAAAGGGAACUUUUGCAACAAUUGUGCAAAACAGUUUUGAACCCUCUAGAGCCACGGUUGCACAACUAGUGAUUUGGAACUACCCCUAACUUGGUGUGUGAGGUUCAAGGUAAACAUUCAGUGCAUUAAUCUACAUUAAAAUUAUUAACGAAA